UCGCUCGUCUGCAGCCGACUGUCGUCUUCGAGCUCAUUCCACUGUCCAGCCACCGUCGCCACUGCCUGUGCCACUUCGUCGUUCCCAACAACGAGUGUUGAUCAUCGUCUAGCCGCGACGAUUCGACUAACUGCCGCCUGUGCAGCGAACAAACUCGCAUCUGAAUAAUUCGAUACAGCCUACCGCCGUUACAAUGAACUCCAAACCCGAUGGACAGCAGUCCAAGUAUCAGCUGUCCAAGGAAACGGCUGGACUCCGUUCAACGGAUUUAUUGCCUCAUAAUUUAUCCGGACAGGCACCAACCAGAGAGUUUCUAUUAAAAGUUGUUGAUAUCUUAGUAGAUUAUAUCAAUGACGUUAAUGAUAGAGACGAAAAAGUAUUGCAUUUUAAGCACCCCGAGGAGAUGUUACGACUUCUGAUGUUGGAAAUUCCCGACAAAGGUGUACCGUUGCAAAAUUUAAUCGACGAUUGCAGUCUAACACUCAAGCAUCAAGUAAAAACAGGACAUCCGAGAUUUUUCAAUCAGCUCUCGUGUGGUCUGGACAUCAUAUCCAUGGCCGGCGAAUGGCUGACGGCAACGGCAAACACUAACAUGUUCACGUAUGAAAUCGCUCCAGUGUUCAUUCUCAUGGAAAACGUGGUGUUGACCAAGAUGAGAGAAAUCAUCGGGUGGAAGACCGGGGACUCGAUUUUUGCUCCAGAUUUAUCAUCUCAUUAUUCGGUUAAGAGUUGUGCCUCAGUAUGCGGAUUAGGAACGGAAAAUUGCGUCGAUGUACCAAGUGACGAAAGGGGCCGCAUGAUACCUUCUGAGCUGGAGCGCCUCAUAUUGGAAAGAAAAUCCAAAGGCCACAUACCAUUUUUCGUCACUGCCACUGCAGGUACGACCGUUCUCGGUGCAUUUGAUCCAAUCAACGAAAUUGCGGACAUUUGCGAAAAAUAUAAGAUGUGGCUACACAUCGAUGCUGCCUGGGGAGGAGGGUUGCUUCUAUCUCGCAAGUACCGACAUCCCCGUUUGGAUGGUAUCGAACGGUAA